CCUGCUCCACCACGCCCGCUCCCCGCCCCCUUCGCCGGACACUGUGGRGUUCGCGAUUCCCGCGAUGCCGUCCAACAAAUCCGUCUCGGACGCGCCCAUCGUGCAGUUCACCAACUGCCGCAUUCUGMGGGACCACCAGCUCCAGAGGGAGGACCUGUGGGUGCGUGAGGGGAAGAUCCUCAACCCAGAGAAACUCUUCUUUGACGAAAAGGGCUCUGCUGACAUCCAGCUGGACUGCAAGGACAGCAUAAUCACCCCAGGCUUCAUCGAUGUCCAGAUCAAUGGAGGCUUCGGGGUGGACUUCUCUCUGGCUACRGAUGACUUCAAAUCAGGGAUUGACUUAGUCAGUCAGAAAAUCCUCUCCCAUGGAGUGACCUCUUUCUGUCCCACCCUGGUGACUUCUCCUCCAUCUGUGUACCACCAGGUUCUCCCUCAGAUCAGUGUAAGAAAUGGUGGAGCCCAUGGAGCAGGUGUCCUGGGAGCCCAUCUGGAAGGGCCAUUCAUCAGCAAGGAGAAGAAAGGGGCUCACCCAGAGCACUGCCUCCGCACCUUUGAGGCAGGUGCCUUCCAGGACCUGCUUGCCACCUACGGCACCCUGGACUGUGUCCGGAUAGUAACCCUGGCCCCUGAGAUGAGGAGGAGCAGUGAGGUGAUCCAGGAGCUCACCAAGCAGGGCAUCUGCGUCUCCCUGGGUCACUCGGUGGCUAACCUGUCCCAGGCUGAGGAGGCUGUGCAGCACGGAGCAACCUUCAUCACUCACCUCUUCAACGCCAUGCUGCCGUUCCACCACCGUGACCCUGGCAUUGUGGGCCUGCUGACAAGUGACAAGAUUCCUGCUGGGCGGAGAGUCUUCUAUGGCAUGAUUUCUGAUGGCAUCCACACCAACCCUGCUGCCUUGCGCAUUGCCCACCGAGCCCACCCCAAAGGCCUGGUGCUGGUGACAGAUGCAAUCGCUGGCAUGGGGCUCGCACCAGGUCGGCACACGCUGGGUCAGCAGGUUGUGGAGAUCGAUGGGCUGAAUACUUACAUUGCAGGCACAAAGACCCUGAGUGGCAGCGUGGCAACCAUGGACACGUGUGUGCGACACUUCCAAGAAGCCACAGGGUGCUCAGUAGAGACUGCACUGGAGGCCGCAUCUCUGCAUCCUGCCCAGCUCCUGGGGAUUGAACAUAAAAAGGGGACACUGAAUUAUGACUCGGAUGCAGAUUUCCUGAUGCUGAAUGACAACCUGUAUGUGCAAGCCACAUACAUCGCCGGCGAGGAGGUCUGGCGACAGGAUGCGUCGGGCAUGUGACACUGGGCUGUCCCAGUGCCCUCUAAGGCUCCCUGGCACUGUGGUUAGCAGCUCUGGCAACCACUCCACUUCUCUCUUUUGUUUUUUUUCCCCCAAUUCCUUCCUCUCACUCUCUCARAGGAGCCUCACACCAAAGAGCUGCGUUUUCCAGCUUCCAGUGAUAGCCAUGCCUGCCACAAAUUUGUUGGUGCUCAGUUGGUGGCAUAGGGAAAGAAGGCAGCUCUGUACUGGCAGGGAAUGCCAGUCUUGGAGUGACCUAUGGGACUGCACAGCUGUCCUGCCCUGAGACAGGUGCUCCUGUCGCUAUCUGACAGCAAUGAGGAACUGUCCCAACCUUUGCACUCUUUAUACAGCACAUAUGGAGCAUUGCCCUGCUCCCAAGGCAGGCUCAAGCCAUUCCCAUUCCUCUGCCUGAUGUUUGCUUCACUCCUGGGCAGCCAUGACUUGUUAGACAUCAGCUUCCACCAGCUCAGCUCACAGCUCUUCCUGUGAACAAGCUUCUGUUGUGUCAGCAGAAGCUGAGGAUAAUGUUCAGAUCUCUGAAAAGCCCUUCUGUCAUGUGUCCUCGGAGCAAGGCUGCCACAGCUCGCYGACUCUGUGCCAUUGUGGGGCUGAAUCCUCAGGGCAGAGAUCAAAUCCAAGGCAUUGCUGGUCCUUUGUGCCUUUUCCCUGCAUGGGCAUUGAGUCCACMGAGCUGGAGACGUGGACACCAUCCUGCCACAGAAAACAAUAUUCCUUUCACUCCUUGCUCUGUCUGGAUGGGUUUUGCAGUCUCUGCCAGCCAUAUCAAGAAGAGCCUUUGCAUGAUCUGAUGGGUUUAUGCAUUCCUCAGGCCACACAGAUGGGSAGCUUUUGCAUUAGGGGAUGGAUCCAGACUGGUGGUGACAGGCUCACAAGCCCUCAGUCCAGCUCAGACACUGAGGGAGAUGAAAGCUGCAAAGGAUCCUGGCCUUUCAAGACAAGUACGACAGCUCAUUAUUUUGUGUUCAUUAACUUCUCCAGUACUUGACUGUCAGCUUUCUUCCUGAUGCUUGGACACUUGUAUGGGAGGACUAAUGCUGAUUUUGACCCAACUGCCACUCAGAAUAAGCCUCGAGAUAAGUCUCAAGACAACCUUGAAUAAGGCUCAAACUAACGAGGUGGUUUUGUAGUGAGGGGAGSGCUUAGACAACAUCUAAGUCUCAGCAAGUGGAGAUUGUAAAGCAGACAGAAAUCUGGUUGGGAUUGGCAGAAGUGUGCUGAUUUUUCCAGUACCAUUUUAUAAUCUUAAGCAACAUUUGGAAGUGCUUUCCUAGCACUUUAGARCCCUCCUGGAAUCACUGUCAGCCUUGGAGAAUUUCUAACAUUACCUUCCAAUGUCAAGAGAAAUUAUGACCUCCAUGGUUUGAAGCAUUUGAGCGACAUCAAACCCUAUGCUGUGACCUGCUCUGCUGCUGCAGUACUGACCUCAUAGAGAUCUUCCGGCUGUUGGAAACAAUCCAAGGGGGAAAAAAAUGCCUAUAAAAGAAGGUGUCUAACUUUUUAUUUACAAAAUUAAAUCAUCAAAAGGAAAUAUAUAAUAGAAAUGGGAUUAGACAGUA